UGAUUCCUUAUAGACCGGAAGUUAAGACCUUAGUUCUCUUUCCCAUCUUGCAAGAUGGCGGGUGAAAAGGCUGAGAAGCCGGACCCUAAGGAGAAGAAACCUGAAGCCAAGAAAGAUGCCAGUGGCAAGGCUAAGAAGGCUAACCUCAAGGGCAAAAAGCCCAAGAAGGGGAAGCCCCACUGCAGCCGAAAUCCUGUCCUAGUCAGAGGAAUUGGCAGAUAUUCCCGAUCGGCCAUGUAUUCCAGAAAGGCCAUGUACAAGAGGAAGUAUUCAGCAGCUAAAUCCAGGAUUGAAAAGAAGAAGAAGGAGAAAGUUCUUGCUACUGUCACAAAACCAGUUGGUGGUGACAAGAAUGGUGGUACUCGAGUGGUUAAACUUCGCAAAAUGCCUAGGUAUUACCCUACUGAAGAUGUGCCUCGGAAGCUGUUGAGCCACGGCAAAAAACCCUUCAGUCAGCAUGUUAGAAAACUGCGAUCUAGCAUCACUCCCGGGACCGUUCUCAUCAUCCUCACUGGGCGCCACAGAGGCAAGAGAGUGAUUUUCCUGAAGCAGCUGGACAGUGGCUUGCUACUUGUGACAGGACCUCUGUCCCUCAAUCGAGUUCCUCUGCGUAGAACACACCAGAAAUUUGUCAUUGCCACCUCCACCAAAAUUGAUAUCAGUGGUGUGAAAAUCCCAAAACAUCUCACGGAUGCUUACUUCAAGAAGAAGAAGCUGCGGAAGCCCAGACACCAAGAAGGCGAGAUCUUUGACACAGAGAAAGAGAAAUACGAGGUUACAGAGCAGCGCAAGAUUGAUCAGAAAGCUGUAGACUCACAAAUUAUGCCAAAAAUCAAAGCCAUUCCCCAGCUCCAAGGCUACCUGCGUUCUUUGUUCGCUCUCACAAAUGGAGUUUAUCCUCACAAAUUGGUGUUCUAGAUUUCUUGCAAAGAACCUAAUUAAAUAAGUGAUACAUUUAA